AACCUGUAAAAAUGUUUUUCCUGGUAGUACUUUCUUGUGUGGCUUUAUCUCAAGCAUCCCAGAUUCUUCAACCUAUCCUUCAUCAUGCCCAGCCUUACAACUUCGGUUAUGCAAUCAGGGAUCACACCAGUGACCAAUACAGACAAGAAAAAGGAAAUGGACUCGGAGCUGUAGUGGGAAGUUACGGUUUCAAAGACGCCAGAGGAAUCUUUCGUAACGUCAACUACAUCGCUGACCAUGCUGGAUUCAGAGCAGUAGUUAACGGCAACGAACCAGGCACCGCCAAUCAAAACCCAGCAGAUGUUAUCGUUAAUCCUCAUCAGCCUGUUGUGGUUAAAGCAGUCGAACCCAUCCGCGCAGUUCCCGUGGCCGCUGUCCCAACUGCUCUUGGAGAUUACAAAUUCGGACCUGGAUUCGCAGAUGGUUUGGGAUAUUAUGGGGGCGUCAACUUUGCUGUUCCUCUAAUCGGAGGUGCUGUCAGAGGAUACGACAGCCGAUUCGCUAAUGUGAUUGUUUAAAUAAUACUUCUUCUAAAAUCUCUUGCUUAUUUAGUAAUUAAUAAUAAUUGAAAAUUUUAAAAAAUUAAUUAUUGAAUAUUACUGCCAUC